AACCUAUAAAAUAAAUAAAUGUAAUCUUUCUUUGGUUACGUAGUUUGAUAAACAAUAAUUUAAUUAUUUUUGACUUAAAUAGAUAUUAUUACAAUACGUAGUCUCAUUUCUAGAUUAUAUUCUAUCAAAUUAUACAAUGUUUCGCAAGCGACUUUUGCAUUUCGCUCAAUUGAGUGCAAUCGGUCUGACUGGAUUUUACGUCGGUCAAAAUACAGAUAAAUUUCAUAAUUUUCUGUGGAAUGAUUCGAUUAUUGUAGACGGGAAACGCGUUAAGAGUAUGCCAGGCCUUCCCGUCUUCGGUACUGUUUCAGCUGCUACCCCAUUCACUGAAAGCAGCGGUGGAAAAGAUCGGGUGUCACAAAUAAUGAAAUAUGGUUUUCCAAGUUUAGACAAUGUUCGUUCGUAUGACGACUUCAUUCUGUCUUACGACCGGCGCAACAGGGUGCCGAACUGGGUGUUCGAGCAUAUCACUCAGGAGCACAUUGCUAAGAACGACCAGGUAGACCGGAGCAAGUGUGACUUCAAACCUGAUGAGAGCAUUCAUCCAUUCUUUAGGUCACAAAACACAGACUACAAGGGUUCAGGGUUUGACCGUGGACACAUGGCCGCUGCGGGUAACCACCGCCUCUGUCAGAAGCAUGUUGAUCAGACAUUCUUCCUAACCAAUAUGGCUCCUCAGGUAGGCGAGGGCUUCAACCGACACGCAUGGAAUACUCUAGAGAAGCAUGUGCGGAAACUGACUAGGGUUUAUACUAAUGUAUACUGCUGUACUGGCCCACUCUACUUGCCUAGGCGAGAAUCUGACGGUAAAUCGUACGUUCGCUACCAAGUGAUUGGCGCAAACACGGUGGCCGUGCCGACUCACUUCUAUAAAGUCGUGGUGGGCGAGGCCAAGGAUGGGUCGUUAGACAUGGAGGCCUAUGUCAUGCCCAACCAGAAGAUACCUGAUGAGACGCCCGUGUCUGCCUUUAUGGUACCACCAGAAUCAAUAGAAAAAGCAGCAGGUUUACUGUUCUUCGACAAAAUACACAGAAGUAAACUCAACAGAAUAAAUGGAAAGAAAGUGUAAAACAAUUGAGCUAUAUAGAAUGUUAGCUAAUUAUUAAAUGAAUUUUAUGAAUCUGUUUCACAUGUGAUUUUGUUAACUUGUACAUAGUUGUUAUUUGUAAAUAAAUACAUUUUAUUGUUUA